GCUGCCUUCGAAGGCGCACGUCCGAUCGUACCGCUAUGCAAGAAAAAUAGUCCCGUACACUAAACUCGCGUCCGGCGCGGUUAUUAAUCAACCACAAUAGCAAUAAGCCAUAUUUCGAAAUUCGUCAAUCCUUUUCUGAGACCUUCAUUCUACUUCAAUGCCGACUGAAGUUUUUUUUCGAUUGUGACACGGUUAAGUUAAACAUGCGUUUACAUAUGUUUUGGUGAUUUAAUUUGUUUGUAACAUUUGUUUUUGUAUUCAAAAUGUAUGCAAAGAAGAUUUUUGGUUUAUUUUCUUCAGUGAUUCUGUCGAUACUUGUAAUAACCGGAGGGUCAGAAGAUGGAAGUCGGGUGAAGCGAGUCCGCGCAGACAGUAGCGCAGUGGCUCGUGAACCAGCACAGGCUUUGGAUGCCCCUGACCCAGAACAAGGCGCAGUUUCUGCCCCACCAGCGUUCCUUAGCCCCUCUGUGAAGGAAUAUCUUGAACUGGGAAUGGCUAUACCCGGGAAGCCAGGCACAGACUACCCAGUUCUUGGUGCGGUGCCAUACACAAACUUUUACUGCGAUGACCAGCCUUACCCAGGCUUCUUCGCGGAUAUGGAGACACGCUGUCAAGCGUGGCACUACUGUGACAUCGAUGGUCGUCAGGCAUCUUUCCUCUGUCCCAACGGGACGGUGUUCUCGCAGGGAGUAGCGUCCUGCGACUGGUGGUUCAACGUGCGAUGCGCAUUAUCCCCGGCGCUCUACCGGCUGAAUGCAAGGCUAUACCGUCGGAAGAAGCAGACCAGACCGAAACCACAUCGCCUCAUAGACAAGAAACUCAUUUCUGAAAUAUUUUUGUAAAUAUUUUGUAGUUAUCUAGGUCGUUAAUUACCAUGAGUUGUUAGAUAUCUUGCGACACUUCAGGUUAAAAAUCUUUAAAUUCAUAGACAUUAAAAUAAAAUGUAACAAUUAAUGUUGGUACAAUGUUAAAUAUGUAACAAAGUCAUUACAACAGUUAAUUUUUCGUCAAAGAAUUGAUUAAAGACAUUGAACACUUCUUACGAUGUUCAUCUACAAAUGAAAUGAUAUCUUAAAUAAAUUCUCCUUAGUAUCCGUUAAGUUGAUCUGUCUGCUCGUUUGUCUCCUAUUCCAUAAAAAAGUUUAGUACAAAAUAUUUAUAUUCAUAUUUUUAUAUUAAAGAACCCAAUAAAUAAUGAUCUUUAACGUUGUUUAAAUUUUUAACAAAUUAAACUGUAGAUUUGUUUGAUAAAUCGUAGACUUUUUAUAAUAUGUCGUAAUUAAA